AUGGGUCCCACGGUAGAAAAUGGGAAGCGGAAAGCCUCCGAAGAUGAUUCCUCAUCUCGAUCUAAGAAAGCGCGUACCGAAUCGCCGGCACUGGAUGAUGUUACGAAACAGGAAGACUCUGAUUCGGAUCCUCCCAUCACCCCAACACCUGUCACCUUUCCAGAUAAACCAGCCGUGAUCGAAGAAAAGCAGGGCAUCGUCGAGUUUCGGGUGGUCAACAACGACAAUUCGCGAGAGAGCAAUAUCAUAUUGACAGGACUGAAAUGUAUCUUUCAAAAACAAUUGCCUAAGAUGCCGAAGGAUUAUAUUGCACGCCUGGUCUAUGACAAAACCCACCUCUCAAUUGCCAUUAUGAAGCACCCGCUCGAGGUUGUUGGAGGCAUCACAUAUCGCCCUUUCAAUGCCCGCAAGUUUGCAGAGAUCGUGUUCUGUGCAGUUUCUUCAGAUCAGCAAGUAAAAGGCUAUGGCGCACACAUCAUGUCGCACUUGAAAGACUACGUGAAAGCCACAUCGCCAAUUAUGUAUUUCUUGACUUAUGCCGACAACUAUGCUAUUGGUUAUUUCAAAAAACAGGGCUUCACCAAGGAGAUCACCUUGGAAAAGUCGAUAUGGAUGGGGUACAUCAAAGACUACGAGGGUGGAACGAUCAUGCAGUGCAGUAUGCUACCGAAAAUCAGAUAUCUGGAGGCGCCAAGACUGCUACAGAAGCAGAAAGAGGCAGUGAUGGCUAAGAUUCGAGCGGUCAGCAAGUCACACAUGGUACACGCCCCCCCUGCGCAAUGGAAGAAUGGUAUUGUCGAGAUUGAUCCCAUGUCAAUACCUGCAAUUAAAGAGUCUGGAUGGUCACCAUCCAUGGACGAACUAUCACGACAACCCCGCCACGGGCCGAAUUACAACCAGCUUCUUCAUCUCUUGAAUGACAUGCAAAACCAUACCUCAGCAUGGCCAUUUGCUCAACCGGUCAAUAAGGAUGAGGUUCCAGACUAUUAUGAGGUAAUCAAAGAGCCCAUGGAUUUGUCGACGAUGGAGGAGCGAUUGCAAAACGAUCUGUAUCCUCGACCAGAAGACUUCAUCAAAGAUUCAAAAUUGAUCUUCGACAAUUGCCGUCGGUACAACAAUGAGACCACCCCGUAUGCGAAGAGUGCGAACAAGCUCGAAAAAUUCAUGUGGCAGCAAAUCAAGAACAUUCCGGAGUGGUCGCACCUGGCAGAUUAG